AUGCCAACUCUCCACCUCCUCCGCCUCCACAUCCAAGCCCUCUUCUUCCGAACCCUCCAACGUAUCUUCACAACCCUCGACCUAUCAUACUCCCACCCCUUACCCAAACCCCAUUCUUUUAUCCGCACCAUCCCGUCAACUCACUCCAAAACCCUGGGGUCAAUCGACCUUUUCUUUUAUACCUCAGCGUCUCACAAAAGUCCACCCUCCUCGCCAGAAGUUGGCGUCAAGGAAAGAAGGCCUCUUCUAGUAAAUUUUCAUGGCGGCGGCUACGCUAUCGGUCAUGCUCGCGACGAUGCACGCUUCUUCACCGCCAUCACCUCAUCCACAAAUACACUCGUUGUAUCAGUGAACUACCGUCUCGCGCCCUCCCAUCCCUUUCCGACAGCCAUCGAGGAUGGCGUGUCUGCGGUGUUGUAUCUAUGGGAACACGCUGAUGAGCUGGGGAUUGAUGUGGAGAAGACUGUGAUUUCGGGGUUCAGUGCUGGUGGUGCGUUGGCUUAUGGGGUGAGUAUAAAACUGGCUCAGGUGUUAGAGGGGAUGGGUGGAAAAGGUGGAUCUGGUGGGAUGUUGAGAGGAUUAGUUGUGUUUUACGGUGGUUGCGAUUUCACGCUCUCUCGUGCGGAGAAGGACGCGUCGAAUAAGAACUUAAUACCCGUUAUCCCGCCUAUGUUGUAUAGAUUCUUCGACUCAUCUUAUCUACAAGGGAAUCCUGAUAAGCUGGAUCCGUUACUGAGUCCUGGGCUAGCUGAUGAUGAGAUAUUGCGCAAGGGGAUUCCGGAAAAUGUGGCGAUGGUUAAUUGUGGUGGUGACCAGUUGUUGGCGGAGAGUACCCGGUUUGGGGAGAGGUUGAAGGGGUUGGGGAAGAGUGUGGAGGUACUUGUUGUGGAAGGGGUGGGUCAUGCGUGGGAUAAGAAAGCGAGUUGGAAGAAGGGGAAUGCGAAGAGAGAUGAGGCGUAUAGGUUUGCUGUUGAGAAUCUAAAAGAGAUGUGGAGCUGA